CAGAUAUGUCAUUUAUAUUGAAUCAUUAAAAAAAAAAUCACGAAGAAAAAACUCCAAAAUGAACAUAGAGGCUAAUAAAGCUGCUUUAAAGGAUAUUGUCAUCAAUUUCCUUAAAACUUGUCCAGAGAAUAAAUGUAAAAAACAAACGUUUUGGAAUAGGAUUAAUGUGUUUCAAAAGAAACCAUUUCAGUGCCAGGAUUAUGGAGUUACCAAAAUGCAAGCUGUCUUAAAAGAGUUUGAAGAUGUUAUUGAAAUUGAUAACAAAUACAUAGUGUUAAAAAAAGUCAGAGGUAAAAAGGAAGUUGUGGUGACUGAUUCUGAUGAUGAGACAGAUUCCAAUAACUCUGCACAAAAACAGUCAUCGACACAAAGUAGGUCAGCCAGCAUUCCUUUGAAAAGCAGGCAGAAUCAACCAGGAUCAGAGAUGCCAACAAGAAUCUCAGAUGAGUCUGUCAGAGACAAAAUUAUUUCGGUGCUUGAGGCAGAAAAUGGACAGUGUGGCCUUUGGAAGUUUAUGGAUUGUUACCGACGGAAAUAUGGUGAACUAUGCAAUCUAGAAAAACAGAUACAAAUUAACAGCGAUAUUUUAAUAAUGAAGCAGGAUGUGGUUUAUUUGCUGAUGGAUUCCAAACAGAGUUCUAGUUAUCAGAAGGGAUCGCUGACUUUCACCUCAUCAAAAGUAAAGCCACCAUCUUGGGGUUCGGGUCUUCAAAAAGGUAGGCAUCUCAGUAAAUUGAAAAGUUAACAAACUGGAUAGAAUUUGGUUAUUGAAAAACAAAGAGUUUGGUGGUUCCUGUUUUAAACUUUCCACAUAAGUACAGUGUAGUGUAGAAGGUUGGGGCUCAGGUUAAUUGCAAUGUGGCUAGAAUGGGAUGAAACAAUAGUUCUUUUACGAUGUCACUCCUUUGAGUCACUUAUCCUUGGCUACAGUAAUUUUCCGAAUACAUUGUACUUGCCAUUUAAAAAUUAUGUUUUCUUCUUUCUUAGCUAUAUUUAAUAUUUCCUUAUUUUUACACAUGAUGGAGUAUAGCUUACUCUAUCAGAAUGAAUCAUAAUCUAUCUGCAACUUGAGUUAUGUUAUGGCUAUGGUUUCUUCUCAGUUUUUUUGUUUGUUUGUAAGUAAGGGUCUGUAACACAUGUUAUUAUUGCCCAUGUAGCAAUUCUUAACAUGGUUUCUCACUGUAAUGGAUGGCCUGCCGCUAUUACUUGAAUAAUGAUUAAUCUGCAUCUGCUCCUCUCUUACUCAAUAAAUAAUGAUAAUGUCCAAUGAUUACACAGUACCGGGUACUUUAUUACAUUUAAUAACCACGUCAAUGAUAAGUCUUGCCAGGAAGAUAUCCUGCAAUAAUUCUAGGAUGCAAUAAUCACACACUUAUUCAAUACCGGUAUUCCAUAUCACAAUCAAAUCACAAUAAUUCCAUAAUCCAUACGAGAGAAAUUAAAUAUGUUUGCUCUUCCUUCAGAUAAAAAAUUGUGCACUACUUCUCACUCUACUUGAGCGUCCAGUCUACUUCCGCUCUAGAAACUAGUUCCCUCUUUUUCUCGUGAUUCACCAUGUUAUAAUACAAUUACUACGCCAUCCUGUCAUAAGGAUGAAUAUUAGUGUCAUGUGUAAGAUCACAGCGAACUUGGUCUGUUACAGGGUCAGUCUAAUAAUUACAAUACAUAAUUUUUUCAAAUUUAGGUCACAUCAUAUUUUUGGAUUCUGAUGAAGAGACUGACUCUGAUGAAGCAAGUGUUAGCAGCCAAAAUUCCUCUAAACCAAAAACAUCUGGAUUUAUUCCUCUAUCAGGCAAGUGUUAUUAUUUACGUGUACAUUUUGAUGUAAAGUUCAUGACUUUUUCAUUUAAAAAAACAACUUGAUGUAAAAUUUCAUCAGCUAAUUUCAGUUUGAUCAAUAGCUUUCAGUUUCUGUUCACCACUUUCAGUUUAACAGUUCCUUUAAAAGUAAUGCUUAUCAUUUUCAACUUAAAAAUAAUCAAUAUUUAGGUAUUCUGUCAUUCAUAGAUACACAUCUUAAUGUACAUAGACACUCCUUAAAUCUCUGUUAGCACAAUGUUUAUUACAAUUUGUAAUAAAGCAAAGAGGAAAUAUCCAGCUGUGAUAAAAUUAAGUUAAAGCAAUCUGUGAUUAAUAAAAAUCUACAAUGGAUCUAAUUGAUCCUAAUAAAGGACCUCCACAAAAUCAAGGACAGCUGUCACAUCAGAGGUAUGGACUGCUGUCACAAGAGCAGGCAGGGCAACAACAAUAUUUUUCAUCACCUGGAAUGCAUUUGCUUGGAAUGCCAUUUCAAGCAACUGCCAUGCCAAUGCAAGCCCCAGGAAUGAAUUUCAAAGGAUCUGGAGUAAACAUGCAGGCGCCUAGAAACCAACCAGUGUCACUGCUAGGUAAUCAUUUUUUAUCUGCUUUUAUAUAAAAUACUAUAAGUUAUAAUGGCAAAAUCAUGUGUUAAUCAAUAUUAUAUUUACAUGACACAUGUUUUUAGAUUUACGAUGUAGAAAUUGGUGUAACCACUUAUUUUUAUUUUUGAAUAUGAAUUCUUAAAGAAUGUUGCCUAGUUUAUGUGACUUUAAAAUAAGGCAUAAUCUUGAUGUCAGGUAAGGCCAGAAACUAACAUUAUAUUUGUAGGGAUGAGAUGAUAUAUUUUUAUGCCAAUAGCAGACAAAGGAUAUACUUUAUUUGAAAGAUCAAAACCUAGCAUUUUAUAAAUUUAAAAUUUAAAAAAAUCAGGGUCAGCUUAUUUCUUUUGAUUUGUACAGCUAGUUUUAAAAGUUUAGAUAGUAUAAUAUAGUAAGCAAACUAUAUGUUAUAAUUGAUUACCCUUAGCUUAAAAAAAUAUAAUAAAAUCCCGGCCUUUAAUUAAAAUAGCAAGAGAAAAAAAUGUAUUUAGUCUUCCUGUUUUUUGUUGGUACGGUUAGCAAGGUAAUUAUUUAUCCAUAGAUGCAUCUUUAUUUUAAUUUUAUUUAAUGUUAAGCCAGACUGAAUUAGGGUGGGGUGUUGUUCUGAAAUCAACAAUUAAAAACAAAGCACAUAUGAUUCUGAAAGAGAGAGAUAAUCCUACAAAUAUAGAGGGUUUAUACAUUCAUACAUAUUUUAUGGCACUGAUAACACUGUAUUUAUAUUCCUUUUAUUUACAAAGGUUAAUUGAUUAUAUAUUAUGUAAAUUGGUGUUUUAUAUAAAAAGAUAGAUGGGAAGUUAACCAGAUAUGUAUAUAUUAUUUUUUUAAAGUUUUUUUGUAUUAAAUUAAGUUUAAGAAAGAACAUUUAAUAGACUACACAAUAAAAUUCGUUUAACGUUUUAAAAAACAAUUUUCAGCCCGAAAUUUUAAAAAUGUAGGGGUGUAAAAGAAGAAUUUAAAUGAUUCUGUUCAAUGUUUUUUCAACAGGUAUGCCAACUCUACAGAACACAUCCCAAUCCAUGGCACAGAAUUUUUUAACUAAUUUUAAGCCAUUGCUGCCUCAGGUAGUCCAAUCAGAUUUAUUACUGUUUAAAUUAGUUUAAGCUAUAUUCACAUAAAAAUACCUUGAUUGAAUCAGGAUAUUAUUAUCUACAUUAAUGGAGUCAUGCCUUUAUAGAAUUAUAUUUGAGGGACUGCGUUCAAGAAUCAUAAUUUUAUCCCCUUUGGAGACUCUUAAUGUAAUCCAUUAUAUACCUUAAGAUUUAAAAGAAUCAUUAUGUUAUCAUUAUAUAUCUUGAGAGAAUCAGAAUGUUAUUGUUAUAUACCUUAAGAUAAUUAUAAUGCUAUAAUUAUAAUGCUAUAAUUAAUUUCCAUUAUAAGAUCAGAAGGAUUUUUAUGAUAUACCAUUAUCUAAUUGGACUUUAGCCGGAAUGUUAGUUAUUGAAAUUAAAAUGCUAACUAACAUUCUGGCUAAAUUUAAAUAUAGCCUAAAACUUGCAAUAAAAAUUGAAAUUAAAAUGCUUUUUAUUGCAAGCUUUAGGCUAUAUUUAAAUUUUCGGAUCAGACGAUGACAGCGUUCCUGAUAUUGGUUAAUUUUUGGUUUCUUAGUCCUUAAAACAAAUACUAUUAGAACACUCCUCAUGCUUCAUGCAACUUAAUUUUUGGUUCAAAUUUUUAUUAGCCACCAGUAAACAACUACCCAUCACAUCAGUUGGAAUUUAGUGGUAAUGGGCAACCUGCGAAUCCAUUUCUAGUUCGUGAGCAACCUGCGAAUCCAUUUCUGGUUCGUGAGCAACCUGCGAAUCCAUUUCUGGUUCAUGACUAUAAAGAGGUGAUUGACCUGACACAGUCUGAAGACCGAAUCUCCCUCCCUGAAAAAGCUCCAUCAGAAUGGCCCAAACCAACUGUCAAGUCAGGACCACCACCGGGUACCAAAAUCACAGAUGAAGUCAAGGCAAGUUCACCUUGUUGUUCUUCUCAGUUAUCUAUAUUUUCCUUUUGUUUAAAUCUCAGGCAGUAAUGAAAAUCAAGUUUAAAAUGAUUAACAAAAGAAUUUAAAAAAUCACUUUCUUGUGCAGCCAUUUUAAUCAAACUACUUUCCAAAAUUUAAAUGCUGUAUAAAAAAAAAAAAAACUCAAACAAAUUACACAGUUAUAUCUAAAAAGUUUAACAGCUAUCCUUACAUUGAGAACUAGGUGAAUAAAAACUAAAUCAGACAUGUUCAUAAAAGCCAUUACAAUUAGCACAAAACAGUUUCGAAAAUAAGAUAAUAUAUGAGGGACUGCCGUCAAGUGAAGUAAAUAAAUAGUGGAACCAAAUAGGUUUAGGCUUGAAAAGAAGAGAAAAAAAAACAGGACUCUUAAACAAUAGAAAUUUUUGUCCUGUCUUUUUCUUUUCAAACUAAAGCAUAUCUUGUUCCACUAUUUAAUUAUGUGAAAUACGACCUGGCGUUAGAAACUCUAAAUGCAAUUUUAAAAUUUAACUGAGCAGGAAAUUGUGAUCAGGCCCAUUCCUCUGCGUAGAGGAAUACGUUUGACAACGGAAGAAGUUAACCUGAAGAUCCAGGAAUACAUUGACUUGCUGAGUGGUGCUAUGGAACAUGUGUCCCAGGAGAGAGUUGAAGCCAUCAUCUUGCAGAUCUAUCAGGUUCAAAGAAAAAUGUCUUUAAAACACUACCAUAUAUAACUUCAUAAGCCCAUUUGAAAAAAAUAAUAUUUUAGGGGAUGUCAUAGGGUGUUUAGCUUAUGAGAGGGUCAUAUGAGAUUUAAAAAAAUUUCUCCAGAUUAAUUGAUCCAGGUACAUUGAUCUUUUAUGGAAAACAACAAAGAAAAUAUUAAAUAACGAAAGUCAACGGACCUGUGUGCAACAUUGGCCAUGUGCAAAAUUGGGUCUCACAUUUUUUGUUCAUUUUGCAAUUGCUGUGAUUGGUUAUCACAAUACUGACAUUGAAUAAUGUAAGUUGCAGAGGUCCUAUUUUUGGAAAUUUUCAGUAUGGUUUCUGUAAAUACAGGUAGACCCCUAGACAUGAUGUUUACUGUAUGUUUGUUAGUUAUUAUUUUUUUACAUUCACCAUAAUUGUCUUUGAAAGAUUGGAUUGAAAAAGAAAUAAUUUCUCUUUAGUACCAUAUUGUUUCUACUGGCGUAUUAUUUUAUUCGGUCUGCUAAUGAGUGGGCUGCACACUUUUCCGGCCAAACGUAAGGGGGGUGUCAUGAGUUAAAAAGGUGGGGUUUUUUUUUAUAGUUUUUUUUUCAAAAUAUAUUAUUUUUCCUUUGUUGUCCUGGAUUGCUUGAACUGGGAUUUUAGUAGGAUAUGUCCAAUGCACAGCUGAAAGAUUAUGACCUGUUUCUAUCGUUUGUAAAUAUAGGUUGAAUACAACAAAACUUUCACUCAGAGGGCGCAGAAAAUCAGUCAAACUGCUGAUAAUAUUUCAUUAUAUGACAAAUUUACAUUAGUUUUAUAUUUUAAAAAAAUAAUUAAUUUAUGAAGUCAUUAAAGGAAUAUAAAAUAUAUUGCCAUUCCAUUUGAAAAAGAUUUGUUCAAAAUUCAUCCUCAAAUUUUAUAUUGAAUAGUAAAAUCAAGCUUCGUUCUUCUAUCACUCUUUGUCACUCUAAAACCCCACACUGAGAUAAGCCCUUCAUCAGUCUGUCAGUCUGGUAUUUUUGUUUGGCUAAUUUAUCUCUUUAUUCACAGGUACGAAAUUUCCGAGACUUGAAUCUGAACGAGAAAUCUAUUGGUUACAUGCCAGCCAUGAAGGAGCACUCUAUGCUCUUGGGGAGAGUCAAUGCAUACAUACAGGCAUUUGUCUGGAGCAGAUCAUUGAGUACGCUGUAUGAGCUAAAAGAGUCAUGUCGAGAAUUUCACCCAAAGAGAAAAGAUUUUGAUCACUUGAAAUUGGGUCCAUUACAAAAAUUGCCCACAGUGUAAGUUUGGGAAUUGUCUAUGUUCCAGUUACUUUUCCUUAGCAUUUAAUGUCAUUGGCUUACUAUAACCCCGUUUAAUUAAUUAAUUCUCAUUAUCUUAAUUAUAAUUAUCACACUUAAUUAAUUAAUUCUCAUUAUCAUAAUUAUAAUUAUAUCACAAUUAUAAUUAAUUAUUCUAUGUUUAGAUUUAUUAAUUUUUUGUAACUUAUCAGUUGUUUAUUAAAGUGAAAUAAAUGUAGAUUCACUAUUAUAUAUGAUAAUAAACAAAAUUUUAGUGAGUAGAUGUUAUAGUAAUAAAUACAUCACCUUAACAACAGUUUCCCCAUUUUCAUACAUGUCAUUACUCUGUACAUUUGAAAAUUAUCAGCUUCUUGCUCUUUUGAUUUGACAUGGUCAUUUGCCCUCUUGCCACCAACAGCUAUGACACAUUCAAAUUCCCUUUUGAUGAGUACAUCCCAGAAAUUACAUCAGCAGAUCUCAUGGAACAGCUCAACAACUUCCUGUCAAGGUAAAUCUUACGGUUUCUACAUACAGGGGGUUUAACGAAGGUAUCUCUACACAUAGAUGUACUGAAGGUACCUACAGAUAUGUGCCAUUUUGAAUUUUUUUUUUUUUUUUAAAAAUCCUUUACUAUCCACCCUCCACCCCACUUUUGAUCAGCAGACUUCAGCACUCACAUUUUCUCAACCCCACCCUCCACUCCCAGUGACAGUACUGACACAUUUCUAUAAACAAAACAAUCAUAUGCAAACACAAACAAAAGAAAUAGUUGUUAUUAAGAGUAUUUCAUUAUGUGAAUUGAAUUCAAUAAAUAGUUUUGUACAACCUUUAUUUAGUAUUAAUUUUAUUUAUUAGCUGUAGUAACAAGCAGCCCGCAAAGAGUUAACUCCCAGUUAAGCCAUUUGGGUUGACCACCCUGAUUUAGACUAUUUUUUUUUCCUUUUAAAACAACCUUUGAACAUUGAAUGACCAAUGAAUGACAACAAGAGGUUUGAAGCUUUGUUCAUGACCUAAUAAAACAAUGAAACUUGCUGCUAAAAUAUGUCAAUUUUGAUUUCUUAUUAAAUACAUAUAAAAAAAAUGAAAAAAAUCUGUUUUUGAUCCUUCAAGUUUGAGAACAGCUCAUUUCUGGAUGACAAAUAAGCUAAAAAUCAUAAAUAGCAGGGCCUUUUUGUCUAGUGGUCAAGCGGUUUUCUGACACUUAUUUUUGGUAGAAUUUAAACUUAUGUUAUAUAAUUUUUUUUUUUUUAAAUUUAAAAAAUGAGAGUUCUUUUUAGCACAAAAAAAAAGCACCGUGUUAAAGUGUACGAUUUUGAAUAAAUUUUUUAAAACCGCAUAUUGCAUAUGUGUUCUAAUAUAUUAAUUGUUUAUAGUGUUUAGCUAUUAAUUUAUCUUAUUGCACUCAGUUAAUUACAAAACUUGUUUAAUUGUGUAGCACCAAUACCUGGACAAAGCAGGUCUCUAUGGAAGACUUCAUGAAAUAUCUCAUGACUGUCUACAAUGUCUCCAGUGCAUACUCUCUUGGGAUAAGACUUCGCAGUCUGCCUCUGGCUAUUCAGGUGAAAGAAAAGUUCAUUUCUGAAUAAUUGUUGAUGAAUUACUUGACUUGGCAACCUACUGGUAUUAUAGUGUAAUCAUCCCUCAUUAAAUUGUUCAAAAGAUAUCUUUAAAAAUGUGUAAUCUUAAGAUGAUGUUUCUUUCUUGUUCCUUAAGUGUUGUAGUUUUACAGUUCACACUUAUAAAAUUCAUUUGAAAGUUGAACAUUUGUUGUAAUAAUAUCUCCAUUUGAUUUCAAAAUUCUUGUUAUAAGUUUUUGUUGUUGUUGUGCAAAUGUACAUGACAUAAUGGGAACACUAUAAAUAAUUGUCAUGACGUUGACCUGUUUCAGGUUGUCCAUUCCUCUUAGCAUUUAUUUCAUAACCUUUUGCUUGAUACCUUGACAGCAUUUUAUUUGUUCAUAGAUGCUGAAAAAGUCUAAGCGAGAUGCUGCAAACACCCGCAGAGAUGUUAUUGAAAAUCUGAAGGAGAUUCUUCAGCGAGAUCUCCAUGAGGCCUUCAAGAAAUUCAGAGCCAGCAUUUUACAGGUAUUAUUUCAUGUAUUUAGUUCAUGAUAUGAUACAUGUAUUAUUUCAUGUAUUUAGUUCAUGAUAUGAAAUGCAAUGGAACUCUGCUACAGCUUGGCUUACCAUAUAAGUCCUGGUUUCACCAGGAUGGCCCGUGUUGAGCAACCCUGUCUAGGUUUCAAUCACAAUUUUUUUUCUACAACAUUUAGUAGGCUACAUACAGGGGAGGCUACAAAGGUUUAAGUUGAAUGACCAGUUUCUCCCCAUUUGUCUUCCCUGAUCAGACCAGCAAGGAUGGCCUUGAGCUGCGUUUGCACUACAUGAACCUGACCCCCGAGGUGGCCCUCAGAGAGAUCUUCACAAAGUUUGAAAUCCUAGGGCACCUCUUUGUCAACUCGUCGUCGCCACACCAGCGUAAGGUGGAGAAACUCAUGAAACACUUUGACCAUUUUGUCAAGGUGAGCAACACACACACACACAAAAACAUGGUCUACUCCAGCGGUUCUCAACCCAUGGGUCAAUGAUCUUGGGGGGGGGGGUCGAACAACCCUUAGAGAGGGGUCACCUAAGACCAUCGGAAAACACAUAUUUAUCAAGUAGUAAAGAAAAUAAUUUUAUAGUUGGGGGGCAUCACAACAUGAGGAACUGUGUUAAAGGGUCUGGGCAUUAGGAAGGUUGAGAAUCACUGGUCUACACCAAACACCACACCCCCCCCUCCAUGAAUAAAUAAUACUAUAUAGUUGCUGCUACAAAACAGCUAGUAAUUUUUUGCUAGCAAUUUGUUGUAUUAUUUGGCUUUCAAGCUUUUAAAUAAAAAUUGUUUUCAGAAGCUAAAAUACAUUUUAAUAUAAUCUUAUUUUGUAAAAUUAGGAUAAGAAAAAACAAAAUGUUUUCAGAGGCUAAAAUAAAUUUUAAUGCAAUCUUACUUUGUAAACUAGGUUUAGAAAAAUAUUCGUAUUCUAGAGUGCAAUCAGUCUCUCUCUCUACUUAACAUAGAGUGCAAUCAGUCUCUCUGCUAAGCAAACCGUUGGUGUGAUUUAUUUCAUCGGCGUGCUUAUCACAAAGUACUCAAAGUCUUCUCCUUUCGCAGAGUGUUCUAGAUGUCCCCAUCCCCCGAAUGCUGUUCCAUCUGUCAGUUACAAUGUCCAACCUGGAAGUUCAGCAGAGUGCCACAGAGUUUCUAGAGGAACAGACCAGACAGCAGCAGGCGCAGGAAGCUGCAUCUCAUGUGCAGCAGCAACAGGCAGAGAAAAAAGUGCCUCCUCCCAAAGGUAAAUAAAUUGUUAAAAAUUGUCUUUCUCUAUAUUGGAGCUUUUCUCUAGCCAGAUCUGUGCCUGUACAGCUUGCAUGAGAUGUACCCAAGAACUAUCCUGUACAGCUUGCAUGAGUUAUAUACACAAGAACUACCCUGUACAGCUUGCAGGAGAUUUACAAAAACACUAUCUCCAAUUGAAGCCAUUCAAUGUUCUUUCUCCACUACCCUUUAAUUAGAGACUUAGUCCACAAAUGGACCAUAUCUUUAUCAGUUUUUAAAAAUUGCUCUGCACCAGAUUAUGUUAAAGAUCAAUUAUAUGUUUAUAGCAUUUAUUUGGAUACAUUGUUAAAAUGAAAGUAUAUAUUGCAAUUAAGCAUAUUCUUUCAUGUAGAGCAGGGCAUUUUACCUGUUAUAUAUAGACACCUCACAGUAGUCUUUUGAAUUGCUCAACCCUAUUUGAAAGUCUGGUAAAGUAAAUUACCCUUGAAAAAAAGUACAUUUUAGUUCGAGAAAAUAGAGACAAAUUUUAAAAAAUAUAUUUAUUGAUUCCCUAAACCAGAGGUCAGGAACCAGAUGUGGCUCUAUUGAUGGCUGCAUCUGGCUCGCAGACAAAUGUUCGAUUAUAAAAAAAAUGUUUGUUUAGACUCCUUUGAUUAGCAACAGCAUAACAAUGUUAUUAAAAAGAAUUCAGAGACAUAAUUAUUGCAUUUUUAGUGUUGAAAUUACACUAAAUGCUCACAUUUACUUGAAUUUUUAGUUUUAUACAUAAUGUAUGGCUCUCACAGAAUUACUUUUCAAAAUAUGUGGUGUCCAUGGCUCUCUCAGACAAAAAGGUUCCCCACCCCUGCCCUAAACCAUAUCUUUGACAAUCUCUACAUCCCCCCAAUUAUUUUGUUUUGGGGUGGGGUUGUUUUUUCUCUCUUUCUUUAUUAUUUAGAGUUAUUCAUUACUUUGACCUACCAUAUUAUUAAUAAAAGGAUAUUUUAAAUGCUACAUUACAUAUCCAUAGCUGUUGAAUCACUGAAAUCUGUUUACUUCAGGGAGUCUUACAGAGAAACUCCUCUUGUAUGUGAACAAAUGCCUUGAGCAAGGCACCCUGAAACUUUCACAUCUCCAGAGGAUUGAAACUAAGACCCUGGAGGACUUUGGAUUUGCAUCGUUCCAAGAACUUGGUUACGGAACCUUUCUUGACUUCAUUCAUUCUGAAGGAAAAAUAAAAAAGGUACUUGGAAAAUAUGAGCUCCAGCUAGUUGGUAAAAUGUAAUUAGAUAUUAGCUCAAAUGAGAGGUUGUUUAAGUGUGUCAGCUUAUUUUCUCAGUCAUCAGUAAUUAUUUGUAAUUGUCCACAUAUUCUCAUUUUUUUUUUUUUUUGCUUAUAGAUUUCAAGCUGCUAAUAUUAUAUAAGUGCCAUGGAAGAUUGUUCAAAAACUGUUCUUUACUUUAAAUUUUAAUACUGCUUUCAAUAUUUAUUUAUUUUUCAUUAAAAAAAAUUUUUUUUUGUCUAGGGUUUUAUUUCUUUUAUGUUUUUUGAUGAUUGAAGCAAGAACACAUUCAGUAAAACAAAAGUCCUUUAUUACUUGAAAAAUAAUUACUAACAAACACAUCCAAGUGACGUAAUCAAAAGUACACAAAAAUGUCAUAAACAAAUAACCUAGCAACAAAGUUUCUAAGUUAAAAUGAUAUGAAAAUAGUUUUGAAAAUCAAUUUUGUAUAUAAGUUCUGUUCCCAAAUGUUUUGAUCAGGUUCUAGAAGAAUGUGGAGGCACCAUGCUGGGCUCAGGGGCAGGGGGUCAUGAACAUGAGUCAAUGUUCAGACCCAGUCAAAUGGAGAUUCUGGAGUUUAUAUGUCAGACCAAGUCUGCUGGAAUUACAUUGGUAUGUAGGAAUAGGUUAGACUAUUUCUGCUAUUACAUUGGUAUGUAGUAAGAAAUGUUUCAGAAUAAGUCUGUUGGACUUUCACUGGUAUGUAGUAAGUGACAUGUCUGACUAAGUCUGCUACAAUUAUAUUAGUAUGUAAUCUGAUAAUGAGAGUACAAUAAUUUUAAGAAUGUUAGCCUUUUCAAGUGGAACAAGGAAAAACAAUUUUUCUCUAAAAAGUAUUAAAAAGAAAGAGAGAGAAAAGAAACUUUUAGAAUAUUUUUUUUUAGCCAAAUGUUAAUUCUCUAAAGAGUUAUAUUUAAAUAAUCUGGUAGCUCAAGGUUUCUUUAUCAUUUUUUGAAAUGUAUAAAUGAUUAGCAGUAUUUAAAUAAAAAGUUAUUUGAUACUGUGCAUAAGUGUUGGACUCGUAUCUAUUGCUUUAUGUGUCAGGAUAGCAUAGAGAGGCAUUUUUAAUCCUACUCAAAGUUGGCAGCUGUCUUCAGAAGCUUUGAUAUAUUAAGUCCACAAAAUGUAAUAAUAAUGAAUAAUAAUAUAUAUAAAAGCUUAGUUUUUUUCCCGAACAGGUUCCUCAGGUUGAAAAUAGUAUCUGUGAGCAGUUCCAUGUGAAUGACCUCCGACAUUUAGGCCACGGCAACAUCACACGUUUGUGCAGCGUGGCUGAGAAACCAGGGAAACACUCAUCUAAAGAGUACCAUGCCUAUUUCGAAGCUGCUCUGUGUGGAAAAUCUUGGUUAGAGUCUUGGCAUUUUACAUAUAUGUACUAACAUAUCAGUUUUUCAAAAUUGCUUUGUAAAGAAUAUGCCCGUUAUUUGUAAAAUGGAUCUAGUUAAAAAUCUGAUGGAAAGACGGAAUGAAAAGUUUUUCAUUUAUCAUUUUUCAUUUUUACCAGUAAACUUUAAUUUUAAAAAAAGCAUCUAUCGGAACAAAACAAAUUCCCUUUGAAAAUUUAAACAAAAAAUGGAAAACAUGAACAAGUGUCCACCUACAUCAAACAUGGGAUAAUUAAUAUCUGCAUGACAGUUAAAGCAAUGUUUAGUUACUCUAAAAGGGUGCAUCGUUUUUUAAGCACCAAAGUAGGAUUGAGAGUUGUAGGACAACAUUGUAGACUAAUGAGUGUAAGGAGUAAAAAGCUUUUGAAUUCUUUUUUUUUUCAGUCCAACAACGCGCAGCCAUGGCCAGGUUGGUAUCCAUGGAAGUCUAACAAAGGAGACGGCCAUGGCCUGCCUGACAGCCUGCCCCCUGUUGGAAGAUCUGGCUGAGUGGAGUCAUUGGUCACUUGUGUUUCAGCCCCAGCAUGGUCGGCUCCGUGACUUCAUUGAAAAAUAUGGCGGGCUGAAAACAAUAACUUUAGAAGGUAAUUACUUACUGAUUGUUUUUGUUUUUUUUGUGUAAGAUUAAUGACCAAGCUCCAGUUUAUUUAGGUGAAUUUCCUAAUGAUCUUAUGGCAUUUUCCCCAACCUGAAACUUUAGUGCUGUUGUACUCACAUUUUCACAUUAUUGAUUCAUUAAAGAAUCAAUCGUCAAAGAAUAUGAAAGAAAAAUGAAUUGGGGUGGGGGGGGGGGGGGUGUUGCUAAUUAAUGAUUUAUUACCUACAUUUUCUUAAGUCCACCAAAUGCCCUCUAUAUCUUAAAGCAACUAAGUCUUGUCUUACAUUCCUAAGACUGCAGUAUGCCUUAUUAUUGAAUAAUUUAGUUUCAGCAACCAAGAUUGCUAUUAUUUAUAAUGCUUCAUUUGACCGAGAGAUACAGUAAACCUAAUUUGAAUCUAAGAAGUAAAAAAGAAAAAGAAGAAAAUUUGAAAGGAAAAAGUUUAAAGUUUCAAAAUCUAAUGAGCAUUGUUGUGAAUCAGUUCGGGUGCAGUUCAGGUGGAACAAGUUUUAUAGAAAAAAAAGCCAUUUUAACAUUUUUAAAUCUGUUGUAUCAAAUUUAUUAAAGCUGCAUAUGGGAAAGACCUUUGUUAUUAAAAUUUUAAUAAUCCUUUUUAUGAGUAUAAGUUUUUGUAAUAAUGAAAUAAUACUGGGUUAGAAAUAAUAUUCUUUGAGAGUAGCAUUUUUGAAUGGCCGAUACAUUGUAGGUGGCCGCAAGACUGCAACAUCAGAUUUCAAAGCCUUGGAAGUGGAACCAGGAAAGUUCCUGAAGAUAUGCUCCAGCAGUACAAAUGAACAUUUUCGCAGGGCCCUUGAGGCAGGAGAUCCGUCGGCUUCAGCUGGACAUCUGGUGUCAAUAAUUGUUGCCAACAAAGGGUUAGAGAGUACACCCUUGGCCCUGCUGUCCAAUCACGUCAAGUCUAAACUUAUUUCUUUGCAUGCACUGAGCUCUGCUCACUCCACUCCAGGUAAGUGAGUCAAUUUAUUAUUUUGCAUCUUGCUCUGAUUCAUGUGUAACCCCAGGGUAAUUUGAUCAUUUGACUUUUUUUAAAAAAGGUGUUUUGACAUGGGUGUCUAUCUAGACUUUUUAGUGCCAGGCAGGAUGUUACCAUGAUGUAUCAAUUUCUUCAGAAUCUGAUUCUUCAGGGUUUGAUUUUUUUCCUCAAUCUUCGGGGAAAAGAAAUUGGAAACAAGAUUUUUUAUUUAGAAUCUGAGAUUUAAAAUAAACUUCUCAACUUAUUUAAUUUAUUAAAUAAUACAACUGUAAUAUGUCAUAUUUGGUAUUAACUUAGACUUUUAUUUGCUACAGCUUUAAAAUUUUGUUUGGUUUAAAUCUGUUUAUGAAUGAACCAUAACAAGAUUUUUUUUUAAAGAUUUAUUAUUGAAAUCCAAAUAUAUACACCUAAAUUUCAGCACUUUUUUUGCAAGUUAAAUUUUAAUAUGAUAUUGAAUUUUUUAAAAUUUAAUCUGAAGAGACACAUUUGACAACUUGAUGCUUUUUAUUGUCAGGGUAGUGACAUUAGUCUGAAAUUUACUUUUCAGGGGGCCCACCAUUAGUAGACACCUUGGACCUAGCAGUACAGUUUGUUACUGACUUUUUACUGAGAUUGCCCCUCAGAAUUUGUGCAGCUAUUGCUAAUCAGGUGAGCCAGAUUGUAAUUUUUCCAAAAAUCACUUCUCAAAAUUAAAUAUAUAGAGUUAAUUUACCAUGCAAAGAAUUACAUUUGUAUUUUAUUUACAGCGUGCAUUCAGCGUGUCCCUGAUCUUUGGGGGAAAAAAAACACAAAAACUCCAUUGAAACAAAAGCCAAGAGUCUGUUCAUAGUUACAACUCACACUCAAGAACGCAAAAGUUAUUCUAACCGCACAAUUAGUCAACGAAAGUCUUGCUACAGACUAAUUUUAAGGAACAACAAAAAACUCAGGGUUUUCAAGAAUGAACAAAAAUGUGUGUCCAUGGUGGCAUAACUGUCAACUAUCACAAUCUGUGACACUGGCGUUCUUCACUGCAACGGUGUGCAUUGUUCUCAACAUUUGUAAAUAACCAUCACCUGAAGGUGUAAAGGAAGAAGAUUUUGAACAAAUCUUUUUUACUGGGGCUAUUUGGGGAAAAACGAUCAUUGCAGAGGCUGUUAAUGGUGACGUGUUAAGAUUCAUCUCCAUAUUCCUGAAUGGAUUUCAAAGGGUUUUUUCAUAUUUCUGUCUUACAUUUGUAACAAGAUGUUUCUCAACUUGUACAUGUCCCAUAUGAUAUAAGUUGAGAGAUCUUCAGCAUCUAUAUACUCAUAACAAACAACAGCACCGAAGUCGCAAGUUGAAAGAGCCUUCAGAAGUCACAAUCAAUCAACAAUGAGUAUGAUAAAAUAAUUAUUCAACAAAAGUCUAGCUAUAGACCAUUUUAAAGAACAGCAAACAACUCAAACAAGGAUUUUCAAGAUUGAAAAAAAUAUGUGCAAUGAUUUAUUUGGAUCAAUAAAAGUAUCUUAUCUUGAUAAAUCCCUGUUCCCUGAUGCAAUUAAAUUUGUAAUAAAUAAUUAUAUUUUUAGGUUCUCUUGGAACCACUAAGUCAAGUUGUUGGCUCUGCCAAGUCCAAGAACAUCAUCAUUCAAGCCUGCAGAACUCCCUGGCAACAGCGUCGGCUUGAACUGCUGGGCUGCCUGCUUGGCUUGACAGAAUGGACAACGUCACUGCAAAAAAGAUUUGAGUUUCCUCUACAUUGUGUUGUAGAGAACAAACCAGAUGAGCUGCUGGGACAGCCUGAAGACACAGCAGAGGAUGAAGAGGCAAGAGUUGAUUUGUUCUGAUAGAUUUGCUUUAGUCUGCCAACAGUGGUUUAGGAGGAUGGGGGCCUGCGGGGUUGGUCCACCCCACUUGGCAGAUUUUUUCUUUAUAAUGAGGGAUGGCCAGUUUUGAACCCAUGACAUGAUCUCAUUAGCGGGCAUAUGGUAAGCAUAUUGUGUAUAAAAUAAUUAAUAAUAAUAAUACAAAUCUUGGCCUGUCCUGGUUGGUACUAACCCAAGCUACUGUGGCCACUGUCAACCAAAGUGUAAUUUAAAAAGCAUAGUCUAAAUUUUUUCUAAUCUCUCAUUUGUUCCAUUCUUAACGUGGAACACAUAGAUUAUAAUAAAUUUAAAGUAUGAUUUUUUUCCCCAACUUUUGCUUUUAAAAAGUUGGAGGAAGAAGAAUCGAAUGGUGAAGAAUCAGAUUCAGAUGAGAUUGAUGAUAUCCUGUCUGGAGAUGAAGAGAGCCCAGAUAAAGCCCCUCAAGUGGACACAGGAAAUGAGGCUGACAGUGUGGAAUGUAAGAAUAAACAGGGGCUAAACAAGGAUGAACUUGUUGACCUCAAAGAAUCCCAAGACUGCACCAACAUUUUGGAACAAGACAUCAGCAAACAUUUGGAUGACGGCAAGUUAACAUUUUCUAAAUAUUUGAAGUGUAACUUUUAUUAAUUGUUUUUGUAAGUUCCAAGUAAUAGAAAUAAAGAAAAAAAUGUUUUACUUCUUUAAAAACUUAAAUUCCUUCUUAUAAUAUUCCUUUACAGUGGAUAAGAAAAAGGAGGCAAGGGAAAGUGAAGAGCUGAUAUCAAAUGGUGGUUUGAAAGAAUCUGAGGUCAAUAAGUCAGAGCAAGCCAUGGAACUUGAGAUAAGUGCACAGGAAGAUGUGAAAAAUUAUCCUGAACAAGCUGAAAGGUCUACAGAUACCAAAGAUACUGAACAUGAAGAAGUGUCUACAGAAAAAAAAGAUCCUGAACAAGAUGAAGUGUCUACAGAUGCUAAUGAAACUGAACAUGAAGAAGGGUAUAAAAAUACUGAUGAGGAGACCACAAUGGAAACGGUGGAUGAAACUGAAUGUACAAAGGAACUGACCAAGGAGGAAAAGUGUCGACUGAUUGUUGAGGACAUCAGAAGAGAGGAAUUUGGUGUAGGCAUUCAUCUUGAUGAGACUGGGCGCAAACUUAUGCUUGUGAGGGACAUUUCUUUGCCGUUAAUGUAUUAACAAAUUUUUAUAUUACUCAUAUUUAUCAUGUAAGCUGAUUUUAGAUGUAUCAAGUACAAGAUUAGACUAAUAUGUGGAAUUCAUGUUAAAGCAUUCAGAUUUUUAUGUUUAGAUUCACUAAAGAUUCAAUGAAGGUCCUAAAUUUACUGGAGAAUCUAUGAUGUAGUUAGUCUUACAUUUUCUACACUUCUUUAUCCAAAUCACAUAUUAUUAUUUCGUUAUGCAAUGAGAUAUUAAAUUUAACUUAUGGGAUCAAUUCCAGAAACAACAAGAGCGCCAAGGUCGCAGCCUUCAAAGGUUAUCUAAAGACUUGUACAGCAAGGAGACACAUUUUGUGCUGGAACUUAUACAAAAUGCUGAUGACAACAGCUAUGCAGAGGACAUCUUGCCAUCGGUCAAGUUUGUUAUUGAUCAUACAGGUGAGGACUUCAAUAUUCCAAAAAGUGUUUUCAAUUUCAAACAUCACUACAUUCCUGCCAAAGACAAUCUGGGAUUGGAACAAGUUUCCAAAAGGAACAGUUGAGACGAAAACACUUGACACAUUUGCGUCUUUAGCCUCAGGCCUUCUAACCCCCAGUUCCUGAUACUCUCGCUGAGUAGCCCUUGCACUCAGUGGAAUAUCCUCUUCAAUACCAGGCACAGAAACAUCGUGAAUCCCCUUAAGAUAUAGAAGAAGAACAAUGUUUAAUAGAUUUUGGAUUUUUAUUCUCUAACACUACAAACUUGUUUCAUCAUUAUUUAAUGGGAAAAUUUGUUAAAAUGUCUAAACUUAUGAGUACGCCUUUUUUUUUAAAAACUUGAAAGAUAGAGAUGAUUAAGUAAAGCAAAUAAGCAGAGCGAUAGGCCGUAAACAAGACCAGGCAGAGCAAUCAGUUGGUUGAGACUUUGCUUUAGGACCAGUAGUUGUAUCAUAAACUCAAACCUUGAUUAAUAUAAUGUAUUCUAAGUCAAGAAUAAAUUGACACCAGAAGGAACUAUAUAUCUAAAAAUAUCUCUCUAUAUUCCUACAGGUGUCACAGUUCUAAACAAUGAGUUAGGAUUUGAAGAAAAAAAUAUCAGAGCCAUUUGUGAUGUUGGCAAGAGUACAAAAUCCAAGCAUAAUUAUGGCUAUAUUGGUAAGGUAAUUUAAAAAAUUGUUUAAACUGUAGUGAAAUCACAGGGCCUCGUUAUUUUUUUAUGGAAAUCAAGCUGGUUCCCAUUCAAUCACCCAAUGUGAUUGAAUGGGAACAAGCUUGCAUUUAAAAUAACAUUCGUCACACAACAGUUGUGUAACGAAUGUUAUUUUAAAUAGUUUUCAGUGUUUUCUUGCAGAUUCCUCUUAUGUCAACCUAGACAUAAGUUUAAAAAAAAUUAAAAUGAUUUAAGGACAUUCAAAGCCUGCUCACCUGUCCUUUGUUUUCUAACCCCCAAAAAAUUCUAUGUGUUAAAUUUAACUAUUUACAACAUCAGGUCAGAAGGGCAUUGGUUUCAAGUCAGUAUUUCGAGUCACAGGGUGCCCAGAGGUGCAUUCAAAUGGAUUUCACAUUUACUUUGAUGUCAACAGUGGACCCAUGGGAUACAUCCUUCCUCACUGGUCAGAAGAAACUGAACAUGAUGACAGGUAAAAUCCUGGUUGUUUUUAUAUUAUUAAAAUUAAUUAUUUAAAAAUAUUGUUUUUUAACAUUUUUGCUCUCUUAAAUUUGUUUUCUUGUAGAAAAAUAAAUGCAUCAUUAAUAGCAUUUCCAUUUAGUUUUAUUUAUCAAAAUUCAAGUUUUGUUUCUUUUUCAAACUCUCGUCUGUUUUGAUAAUUUUCUAGUUUCUGCUUUAAAGAUUUGUAAUAUUUGUAUAGUAUACUAAGGAUACUGCUAUGUAUUUAAUACAUGACAUUAACCACAGGGCUUAAAGUGCACUGCAGUAGAUGUCCCCCAACAAAAAUUUUCCUUCUUUUGGCCUAUAUUUAUUUUUUGUUUUGAAAAGUUGUAAAGGUAAUUCUGUUGUAAAUUAAUGGAGAUUUUGAGACAACGCUUGAUGGGUAGAUUAGCAGGUUCCAUACUCAACUUUCUUUUACUAUAACCUCAGUUGGCAAACAAAAAUUGCAUUACCCUGGACUGAAGACAUCAAACAACAAGUUCAAACCCAUGCAGCUCGCUUCAAUGACAUCCAGCCUUCACUUUUGUUAUUUUUACAUAGGCUGAAGGAGAUUUCUAUUGAUAACAAGGUGAGCAAGCAUAACAAAGUUGCAUUUACUUUAAACUAAAAAUUUUGUUGCAACACAAUUUUUAAAAUGCUCUUCCUUUUCAUUUGAUAGCUAGAGUUAGUUGCAGUAUUUUGAACGAAUAAAAUGUUUUUUCAUUGUGUAGAUUUGGGUAGAAAAGUUAAACAUAUACUUUUAAUGACUAACAAUGGUUGAGAAUAAUUUGAUAUUUGUUCUACUGCAAGAUUAUCAUUCUUUCAAACAUUAUUGUUGUGACAGUUUAAGAUGAAAAAUUAUAACUUUCAGGUUGAGGGUGCUGAAAUCUUUAUGAAAAGGCAAGACUUUCCUAAUGGAGAAAUUCAGAUAACACACAGUCAUGGCACAGACAGGUGGUUGGUGCUGAGAAAAAUUCUAGAUGCAUCUAAUGUGUCUCUUCAGGUGAAUUAAAUUUUACUUAUUUCCUUUUGGUAAAUAUUCUGUUAAAAUAUUAAUUUAUAUUUUUUUGCAUCAUAGUUGGUGUCUAAAAAGUAAUAAGUUUGAAAGGUUUAUUUAGUUGUGCCAUAUAUCUUAUUAUCGAACAAUUUUCCGUCCACUAUGUUUUAAUGUCUAAAUAAUUACAAAUGUGCUUUCAGGCAAAAUCAGGAGUUGAAGUGGAAUCCACAGAGAUAGCACUGGCUUUCCCCUUGAAGGAUAAAAUGUUCACUAUCCAUUCCCAAGUUGGUACACUUUCUAUGCUGAUGAUAUUUAUCCUAUCAUAAAGCCUUGCCAUAUUUUUAAAUUUAUUUUAGCAGUAGAAAAAAAGUUGUGUCUAAUAAUAUUAAAUAAAUAAAGAAAGGGAAAUAUUUUAAAAACUGUGGAUUUGUUUUUUCAUGAUAACUGAUCAUGUAUGACAGAUUAAACUGGGAUUAGAUCAUUGCAGGUCAUGUUAAUUAUAUUGAAUAAACAAUUAAAAUAAUUGUAAUGAACUGUGUCUCUCUUGAAUAGGUCAAACCAGAAAAACUACCUGUAUUUGCAUUUUUACCUUUAAGGUCUUAUGGGUUCAGAUUUAUAGUGCAAGGUUAGUGACAUCUUCCUGUUCAAUUCAUUUAGAUAAAAAAAAAAAAAGAAAUAAAGAACUCUUAUAUCAAAAUAACAUCAUUGAGUACAAUUUUUUACUGAUUUUGGCUGUGUGAAGUACCUGUAAUUGGCCUCAGUGAAAUCUUUAAUGCUAAUUUAUGCCCUUAAGUAUCUUAAUGAAUUUAUUUAUUUCUACUUGUUUUAAUUAUUUAAUAAGUUGGGGAAGGUAUAAAAGUGCAUGAUUCAUAUGUUAAAAAUGAUUGUAUCAGCAUGUUUAAAAGGAUUGUAUCUGGUGACUUUGAUCACAUAAUUCUCAUUUUUUGUAUCAGUAUAUUGUUAAAAUGAUUCUUUCAGGUGACUUUGAUGUGCCAUCAAGCAGAGAAGAUGUAGAUAGAGACAGUUCUUGGAAUCAGUGGUUGAGAAAUGAAAUACAUGUCUUGUUCAUUGAGGCUUUGGAGGCGUUUAAGGUACAUAUAGGAUAAUAUUUCUCUAUUAUACAGUAAAGAAUUGUAUUUAUCUUUAUAUUAAACUAUUUUUUCAUGCUUUUUUUUGUUGUUUUUGUUUUUGUUUUUUUGUUUAAAAAUUUGCUGAAUUAUAAACUUUUUAUAAAAAUAUAAUAUUUCAGUGUUAAAAAAUAUGAUUUCUGAAAUAUAAACACUGAAAUAUUUUAUUAUAGCCCAAAAAAUGCAGCCCUCAAAUGUGUUUUUUAAAAACAAAUUUUUUGUAUUUUAUUAUUUAAAAUGUGCAUAAUUUAUUUAGCUCUCCAUUCACACUUGAUCACCAGGAGCAUUCUCUAUUGGAUCCUGAUUAUCCUUAAUUUUAAUUGUGAGGUGCAUUAGGAAGGAAUGUAUAUAACCUGGAACAGUGUUUUGAUGUAACUUCUACUAUUUAUAUAUAAACCACUCAUACUUCUAUAUUUAGUAAAAUGAAACCACAAAAUUUCAAUUUUGACUUUUGUGACUGUAUAGGCCAGAGAGGACCUGACACCCAUUGAAGCGCUAAUCCUAUACCUACAAUUCAUUCCCCUGGAAGGGGAGGUCAUGGGUUUUUUCAAACCAGUUGCCUCCCAUAUAUUGGCCCAACUCAAGGCUAAAGAGUGUAUUCCAGUGCUUACCAGUGACAAAAAUAGUGAGUGUUUAAAAGAAUAUUUCAUUGUCUAGGAGACAAAAUGAAUUGUUGUUUCAUGGGUCAUUACGGCCUGCUAUCAGUAAGUGGAAUUUAUUUUUCUUCAUUUUUAAAAGGGUAUAGUAUGAGUUUUUUCUGUUUAAAAAAUAAUUGAAUGUAAAAAAAAAUUAAAACCUAUGAAAAGGUCAUACUUUACAAUUCUUAUGGAGAUCAUAAGUGACCUAUGGUAUUACUUGUCUUUAUUCCAGGUAUACAGUGGAAAAUGCCAUCUAAAACUGUUGUUACCCAUGAUUCCCUUGUGCUUGAGAUAGUGUCUCCGGAACUGUUGCAGCGUCACCUCGACCUGCACUACCUUCACCCAGAUGUGGCAGCUGUGUUAAAUGAACCACUGACACAAGCACUUGGCAUAGAGUCUGUGACUACUGAGCACCUUCUCCACAUUGGUAGAUCCAUUGGUCAAAACUGGAGCAAUGACAGUGCAGGUAAUAAUUAAUUUCAAAGAUGAUGAAGUGGGGAAAAUGGGGAAUGUUUCUGCAGUACUUUUUAAUCCCUUGAAAUGUUCCCACACCCCAGGACACACUACAGUACUUUCAAAAAUUUGUAAAACAUAAAAAUUGUGGAAAUAUAUACAAUGACCUAAUUUUCUACUAACUAUGAAAAUGAAUACUAGCUUAGAAAUCUAUUUUAUCAACAAAGACGCCCCUCACUUACCAACAGAGUUUGGUUCCUGCCACUAGGUCAAAAGGGGAUUCCCCAUAAGUAAAGAGAUUUAAUUUAGUUUAUAUAUAUUCUGAAUAAAGAAAUGGUCUAAUCUGAAAUUCCAACUAUUGACAUUUUUUCAAUGUGCAUCUCUUGCAUAUGACACAAGAUGUAAUAAUUGAAAUUAAAAAAACAACUGAGUCAGUUAUAUAAAAAUAAUGUACCAAAUAAGUGUAAGUUCAUUCAUAAAAAAACAUAGUAAAAUGAGGAUUUCCAGUACUGGAGAGCGGGUCAGUUUACACAGGUAGCUUGUAAAAGAGGCCUGUAAAGUAUAAAUCUGAAACAUUUUUUCCACAUUUAUUCAAUCUUAAAUUUUUUUUUCUCCAUUAAAUUGAUCUCUCAUUAUGUUUGCAUUUUUGAUUAGAUCAUGUGACUCAGAUAGCCAAAUGGCUGGCAUGUGUUUACCGCAGUUUGGAUGACUUUCAGGAAAACACUCACAUUUUGGAGGCGCUCAAUAAAAUGAGGUAUUUUGUCGUAAAAGUUCUGAGCUAUGCAGAUUUAACUUUGAUGUAACUUACAGAAGAACCUAGUUCACAAUAUGUGAAAUACUGGUCAAACAAAAAAGAAAUGUAGAAUUGACUUGAUGACAAAACUUGACUUAGAAAUGAAACACUAUCACAUUUUUUUUUUAUGACAAUAUAUUUUUCAAUUUACUUGGAAAUGAAAUGUCAUCACUAAUUUUGUUAAUUAUAUAUUAUUUUAUUUAAAUAUAAAUAUAUUAUUUUUAAAAUUAAGUUCCAAUUUUCUGUUGAAACAGAUUGUGCCAUCAGGUCAUCACUCUUGUACUUAUUUUAAAAUAGAAAUUAGCUCCCCAAGUACUUUCAAAAGUCAUUCACAUGGCACUUUAUGUCCCACAGCCAGACCAAUGUCAUGAAUAUGCAUCAACAAAACUCUAAUUUGAAACACAGAAAAGCCUAAGAAACAAAUCAAAUGAAAAAGUUUGACUAGAAAAUUUGUUGUGAUGUAUCGUUUCUAAUCAGUAGUAAAGCAUUAAGUGGCAAUGAUAAAAAACAAAAAACUAGGUUGUUUGAACAUAUCCUUUAAAAAAAAAAACGUAAGUAAUGAAAGAUAUUCAAGAUUUUUUUUUUAAACUUUUCAUUUUGAUGUGUCUCACUCUAAUCAACAAAAUUCGUUCCCUCAGAAUCAUUCCCUUGUCAUCUGGAAACCUUGUGUCCCUCUCGGAUGUUACAGUGUUUUUGUUAACAGAUGGCCAUGGGAAGUCUGUCGCUGAGAAACAAAAAAAGCAAGGAAACAUGAAAGGUAUAUUACUCAAAGUGAUCUUACCUUGACACUUGAUUGAAGGCCUGGACAGCCUAUUCAUUCUUUUGUCAUACAUUCAGUUGAAUAAUUCAUGGGAAAACUUAAACUCUUAAUGCCUUCUAAUAUCAAUUUGAGGGAGUAUUGUACUUUGUCAGGUUCACCAAAACACUUCUUAGAACAUUACAAAAGGUUCAAAACUCAGCUGCUAGACUAGUUCUAAAGGCAAAAAAACGUGAUCAUGGCACACCACUACUUUAUUCACGUCAUUGGCUCCCUGUACAAGCAUGGAUUGACUACAAACUCUCUGUUCUCUGCCACUACUUUUUCUCGCAUUCCUGCCCUUCCUAUCUUACCGAACUUCUUUCUGUCUAUUCACCCCUUCGACAGCUUCGCUCCUCCGCAGACCCGCCCACUCUUUCUGUCCUCAAGACUCGCAUAACAACGUACGGUGAAUGAUCUUUCUUUUUCUGUGCCCCUAAACAAUGGAAUUCUCUUCCAUUACACAUCCGCAAUAGCAUCACAGCCUUCAAAACUGCACUCAAAACACAUCUUUUUAAACUCUGCUAUCCUGACUGAUUCCUCCCUCUGACCGAAAAACGAUACUCCUGGGUGUUAUCCAUGGCUUAACAUGUAAAUAGUUUUAAAUAUACAUUUGUUUUGUUUUAUUUAAUUAAUGUAUGUUAAUUAAUUUUUUAAGUUCAUGAUUAUGUUUGUUAAAUUGUAUGUACAGCGUGGUGAGCCCAGCCCUAGGCUGGGUUACCACACCAUAUAAAACCACUUAUAAUAAUAAUAAUAAUAAUAAUAAUAAUAAAAGAUGGAAGUUUAGUUAAAAGGAAAUUCUUAAUCUGUUUACUGUUUAUCUUUGUGAUGUAUUUACAUUGUAAAUUUCACUUACUAAGCAGUUAUAUCUCAGAGACAUCAUACGCUUUCAAUUGCAACAAAUCAUACACUUUAAAUUGCAACAAAUCAUGUGCUUUGUAUUGCAAAAAAUCAAAAUAAUUUAUACAUUUUAAAAGGAAAAAAAAACAAUCACAUUCUUCUCUUGUACAGAUCCACUGCUGGAGUUGAAGAAAGACUUAAACCUGGUCCACUCUGAUCUGACCAAUACAAGUGACGAUGAAGUCAACUCUCAAGUGAUUAAACUACUUAUCAAAAUGGGGAUCAAACAGCUCACAGCCCAUGACCUCAUCCACAGCCAUAUAAUGCCAGUCCUCAAAUCGGAUCUCUGGAAGGUGAAGUCAUUAAUAAAUGAGACACUUCAAUUGUAGCAUGUAAUAGCAAAGCAAUUUUUAAAAAGGAAAAAAAACAAUACUUUUAACACUUGAAAUUGUAAAUGAUGUAAGCAUCAUUGUGCUGUAAUGUUGCAUGCAUUAAUUAUUAUUUUACAUCAACUGAAAUCAACAUUUAAGUUUAAAGCAGGGUGCCCAACAAAAGGCUUCGCUUGGCAUUUUGAUCAUGAGAAAACUCUACUCGCAUCGCAUGUCAGGAAAGUUGUUCAGUUGUGAGACUUGCCAUGGUAUCAAGUCACUUUCAUAAAAUGCUGUGUAUUUUUAAUAAAUAAAAUAUAACCAAAAUACGCUGAAUAUAUUUAUUUAUUUAUUCUUAAUGCAGAUCAUUCUAAAAAUUAGAUCUGCACGUACCGCAAAUAGAUAAAUAGUAUACAUUUAAUUAAGAGAUAACUGUCUUAAAAAUAUAAUUUUUAUAAUAUAUUAAUUUCAAAAGUGUUUUUAUAAAAAGAAUUUUGUAUGCAUCUGGCAUAUGACUGGCUGCAAAAUUUAUCUUGCCUGGCCACAUGUGACCUGCAGGCCCUGGGAUUGCCGCACCUGGUCUAAAACAUUAGUUUUUUUUGUACCCUUAUCUUUUAAAAGAAUUUAUUGAAUUUCUAAAUUGAUCUUUAUCUUACGGCAGGAUAAACACAGAAAUAUCCUGGUGAGUUAUUUAGUCUACAUAAAGAUGGAGAUGGAGAGGAAUUCAUCCCUAGUGGACAUGGCAGAACUUUGUUCGGUUGUGAGACUUGCCACAAACCAUGGUAUAAAGUCACCUUCAGAAGAAGCUGUGCAUUUUUCAACAGCUUAUGGAAACAGAAUAGAUUUGAACACUACUUUUCCAGGUAAUUAAGGAUGGAUUGAUUGAAAUAGACUUGUGCCCAUAUCCUUAUUGUAGUAAUGCAAUGUCGUUUGUUAUAAGUGGUGAGAUGUCUGUAAUUAUGAAGGAUGUUAUAAAAUGUUUUCUGAUAAAUUUUUUCCCUGAGAUUGUGUAGGGUGGAUGAAAAGCAUUUUGGGUCAUGGGAUAUGCCUGGAUUUGAGAUCCGGGUGGUCAAAAGAAAUUGUAUGGUUAAUGAGAUGUUGCGUGUUCUGUCGGGAAUUCACCGAGACGCAACUUACACAUUAUAAGUCAGAAGAAGAUUGACCACUGUGUGGCCAUGCUUGCUUGGGGAUGUAUGGCACUGCUACUGAAUGCCCAUUCAGACAUGUGUCUACACUUACAAAAGGGAUGUGGCCCUGGAUGUCUAUUUUCCGAGACUGCUCUCAAAGCUUUCUUAUGUUGCCAAAUUGACACCCCUUGCUAGUAAUACAGUAUGUAUCCACCUUUUUCACAGUUACUCCUUAUCGUUCCCACAACUAGGUCAUUAAGAGAAAUGGUUUUUAAGAGAAUCGGUCAUUAAGAAAGAGCCUUAAUUGUUUGUUCACGUUGAAUCAAGAACAGGUUAAAAAAUAAUUGAGUUUAUGAUUUUAAAAAAAGGAAUUUUUUGAAUGGGCAAGAAUAUGAUGAUUCCCAAUUCUGAACACUGAAAUUACAAAAAUAAUGGUCAUUUGACAAGUAUGUCAUUAAGUAAGGAGAACCUGUAGUUUCUGUUAAAAUUCUUAAAGGGUGCGUAAAUUUGACAAACUCCAUCAUUUCUGAAAUCAUUUUUUAUUCAUUCGACUGAUUCAGUCACAAGGUAUAUCAAUGAUUUCAUAAAAGAGGCAAUCUUAUUAUUUCAGUUUUUAAGCCUGGUGACAACAGAAGUACUUAUGCAUUUUGUUUCUUUAAUAUUUCCAGGCAUGAGCUGGACUUUAGUUGACUCUGCCUACCUCCCCAUCCCUGCCACCCAGCAUGAUGUACAGUCAUGGCACACUUUCCUUAGCUCCUUGGGCGUGACCGAUUUUCUGAGUGUCCAAAAAGUGGAGCGUACUUUUGACAAGAGUAACAUUGUAUGAUAAAUUAAAUUAAUAGGCUUUGUCUUAAUAUUUAAUCAGUGUAGAUAGGGGACAGUCAGUAGCGUUUAGUCUUUGAAAUGUGAAUCGAAGAGAUUAUCAUAAGAAUUAUAAGAAAUGAUUUUACUUUAAACUACAUAAACUUGUUGUUACAAGAAAAAUAUUGAAUGUUUUUCCAGUAAAUAUAUAAAUAAAUUCAUAGAAAAAAGAAUCCUUUUUCUUAUCCAAGUUACUUAUAAAAUUAUUCAUAAAGUAACAGACUAUUUGUUCCAAAAGCUAUUUUUCCCCAUAAUUCUUUAAUUUUUUUAAAAAGAAGUGAAAAUAAAUUGAUUUUUUUUCCGAACAAUCAGCAUCAGACACCAUGGUCUGCAUUUAAAGAAAUCUGGCCCGACUCUCCCGAUGGAUAUGCUGUGACAGACUUUCAGUGUGAUGAGUUCCACAAACUAGUGACAGCAAAUCAGAAACCAGAUGGUCUUUACCAGCAGAUGGUGCAGUUGUUUGAAAGAUUGGCAGCCGAGUGGGAUGGCUUUUACAAGAGAUAUGAGAGUACACAGUUAAAAUCUGGGUCAGGUCAUGUGCUCAAGGAUAGCAUACAGGUAAGCACUGAACCCAUGCUUAUACUUUCUGGUAAACAAAUGGGGUAUAGAGCAAUCUCCUUGAUUAAUGGAUUUACAUCUUAACAUUUAUAAAAUUUAUUUAUCAAUACCUGAAUAUGUGUGAGUACUUUGACUAAAUUAAUUAUAACUUUACCUUGUAACAAUUGUCACAUAAUUUAAUGAUCCCAUAUUGCAUUUAGACAUUUGAAUUUAAACACCUUUUAAUUUCACUGACAUCAAAGCUUCGUGCUGUAUUUUCAUUAUGAGCCAACUUAUGAUUGAUUUAUUUUGCUAUUAUAACUUGCUUUGAAGCUGUAGUUGAAUCAACUAUUUUGAUUUUAACAUAUCAGACCCUCAUUUUAUAUAGUUAGGGAAAUACGACAUAAAAUUAAAACCAAUGAAAUUCAUUUAACUUUAAAACAUUUAAACAGAAAAUGUAUUGACAGGAAAAACUAUUCUCAGUGAGACAAAACGUUAUAUGAUUGAAUAAAUUGAUUUACUUUACAUGGGAAAUAAAAGUCUUUAACGUGAGAGAACUUGAUAGAUGAUAAAAAUGUUGUUCAUUAACAAAAUGGUUACCUAUGAAUUUAAGAAAUGAGUUAGAAGUGAAUUUUAUUUUUUUAAAAUAAUGUUGCUCCUUUCUUUAUCAGACUUCAUUUGCUAUCAAUCUGAAAUCACUCAUCUGGGUGCCCACAUAUGCACUGUCAGUUGACGUCUUUGAUGAGGGCAAAAGGGUGGAGGCCCAAGAUUCUCAUACACUGCAAAGUCCUGCAGAGCUGUAUGUCAAGGAUGACCAAAUUAAGCGCCUCCUGGCCUAUACUGUCAAAUAUCUGGAUGUACCGAUGGUGAAGUCCAGCGCUUUUGUUUCAUUUCUUCAGGUAAGAGAGUAUCUGUUACUACAGAUAAUACUAAUAUGAAUUCAGUUAAUACUAUCUAAAAAAUGUGUUCCGUUAAUACCAAUUUGUAUCUCUUUUAACCCUUUCAAUCUUUUAAAAAAAUAAUGAAAAAAUUUGUUUAAAAGUAAAAACAAUUUACAUCAUUCUCUUUCAACAGAUUAAAUCUAAAGUGACCUUGGAGAAAGUUAAAAGUGCCCUCAUCUCCUGGUGUGAGAGAGAUAAGGAUUUGCCAGAUGUGCCCAAAAUAUUUUGCACCACCAGUUGGCAUGUGUUUGAGGUACAGUUAACUGUUCACUGUGGAUGUUUGACUUCGCUCAGUGAAUAUAUUAUAAGCUUAUUAUUACCAUCAUCUAAUUAGAGUAUUGCUUUAGUUCAUUGGUUCAGUUUGUCUCUGAUUAUAAUGUAGUAAAUGAAUUUAAUGACAUGUUGUUUAAUUAAUUAUUUUAAAAAAUAAUGUUGGUUUUGCAAGUAAUUUGUAAUAUUUUUAAAUAAUUGAUUUUUAUGCAAAAAUAAUUUUCUAUUUAUUACGUAUACAUAGUUUUGAUUUGUAAAACAUGUUAAAUUUAUUUCGACUUUCCCCUCAGCUUUACGGCUACCUCAGUGAGGAACUGAGCAACAAAGAUGCCCAAGAUCUGUUCCACAAUCAUCCUGUCAUAUUUGUUCCUGUGUCCGACCAGAAGUCCAAGUUUGCUGCUGGCAAGAUGAUGAAGAGAGAAGAAGUCUGGUGGUCUGACCCGACAGGACUGUUCACUAGAUACCAGGAGUCUCUGGAGCUCUAUAAAUCUCCUUUGAGCAAAUUUAAAAUUGUGAGUUAAUGUAACCUAAGUAAGAAAAUUGGCUGGGGGGAGAGGAUAUUCUGUGGCUAAUAUUGAAAAAAUAUGUAUAUUUAAAUAUUUUUUAGAGGCUAAUAAAAUUUAUGACUGCAAGUGCAUCAUAAAAAGGGAUAUAGUUUAAAAAUUAAAUGCCCUGCAAAAAUAUUUUUGAACCACAAAGGUUGCAGCUGUAAAAAAAAUAAAAUGAGCAAGUAUAUACAAUUUUUAACUUACAACUUAUUUUUUUUUAAUGUACAUGUUGGAGAACUGUAUUAAAGCUGUUAAUAAUUAAUGAAAAGAAAACAAAUUUUGUUUCACACAGCUACAAGGACUUUACCAACAUUUGGAAGAGAUGUUUUUCCGUACUGUAAGAGUUGAACAUGAACCAAACACACUGCAGCUAGCUGAACUGCUGAAGCACAUAGCGACUGUUAAAAGUCUCUCUGAGGAUGAAGUUCUUGCAGACACACUAUUUUUGUUUUCAAAAAUAGGAUCAGACCUGAGCAUGGCAUCCUCAAAAACAGCAGGUAAUGAAGUUUAAGUCUUAAAACUAAGUUCAGUGUUUUCCAACAGUUGUUUUUUUAUGACAUAUUAUCAGUUAUACAAUUUGUAUGUUAAGACAUAUUUAUCAAUCUAAAAUGUAUACAUCCAUCUUAAUAAAUCAUGGAAAAUGUAAGUUCUGACUUGUUUAUUUCUCAUACAAUUUUAAAUGUUUUUUUACUCCCUUAGUAUAUUCUUUUAUAAAGUAUAAAAUCCCUUAGUAUAAAUCCAACUAGUUUAAAAUAAAAGACCAUCUUUGUCCUGUUAACUUGGUUGUAGAGAUUUAUUAGUCUGUGGCUUUCUUGUUUACUCCUGAUUGAGAUUUUCUCACUAACAAGUAGAUGCGACCAUCGACUAUCACCCAGUGGGGUUGUAAUGUGGGGAUUAAGGAAAGUCAUGAAAGUAAUAUCAACUAGUCAAAUGGUUGAUUAAAUAAUUUAGUAACAAUUAAUGUCAAACUUUCUUCCAGCAAUAAAUUAUGGUUUUUAAUUUUUACAAUACUACUACUUCCUGUGUGUUCGAAUUGUUAGCUGCAAGUGUGAUACAGAAAUUAUUUUGUAUCUGAGUGCAGCUGAGUUUAACUUAUAACUCUCCCUACAGAGGUGCAGACCCUUGGUGCCAUGAAAGCAGGAAUGUAUUUGCCCAAGGUGGUAGAGCUACUGACCAAGGCCGCAGUCUUCCCAACUAAACUAGAUCAGUGGGUCAGCCUGACAGACUUACCGAUGAUUGCUGACUCUGCUGAGCUCGAGGAAAUGUUCAUCAAGAAACCUGGUGUACACUUUCUACAGCUUGAGGUCAAAGGGACCGGACAGGCAUGGGAUAGAAACGCAAGGACUUCUGGUGUGAAUUUUAUUUUUGUAUUUCUCUUUCUGCUUUAAGAUUUCAUGUCCAUAAGGAAAAAAAUUAAAUCAAAGGUUUACUUUCCAAGUGGAAAAUUGUACCUAUGCUCUACUGACAUUAUGUUAAGUUAGUGAAUAACUCAGAUUUUGUAAAUGACUUAUUAAAUGGGGAAAGUUUAAACAAGUUACAAAGUUUCUGUCAUUCAUAACACUAAGGGGGUAUAUCAGAUCUGUUUACUCUUAUGAUUUUGGCAAUUUAAGAUUUUGAGAUGUAUACAUUAUAUAUACUUUAUGUUUAUUUUUUUACCAGUAAGAUAAUGUAUUGAAAGAUUUUGUCAUGAUAUUGUACGAUUUUAAGAGUUGGAGGGUAAACAGGUCUGGUACAAUAUUACCUUGCAACGGUAACCGCCUGGUAACUAUUUAGUGUAAAUACCAUUAUAUAUUGUGUAACUGAACAAAACUUAUUGAUUUUUCAACUAGAACUGUAAAGAAAAGGCAUUUCUAUUCUUCGAUCACACCACUCUAUAAAUAAAAUCAUCAAAUUGUAUAUUUUUUUUAAAUUAUAAAUACGACUGCUUUGAAAAUCUGUUUAUUUUAUGGGAUGCGUUGUCUCCCCUUUUUUAAUUGUGUAAUUUUAUCAAAAUAUGUUCACUCUUCCAGCAGCCAAAAAUGUUGUAGACAAAGGCUCCCUAGAGUUCUUCCUGAGUUUGUUCAAGGAGAUCAAGCCGCUGACUGACUGCGUGAAGCUUGAGGAGAUCACACCUGGCUUUCAGCAGUGCAACACAGGUCAGACCUACCUGCACAACAUUGUCGGUCUGCUGCAGAGAUAUCUCUACUUCACCUACCCCGAUGUUUACCGGCAGUUCAAGUCAAAGAAAGCUGCUACAUUGAAGGAGCUCAUCUUCAGCCAGGUUGGUCUAUUUACAGCAAAUCUAUUUCUGUUCGCAUACCACACAACAAUUCUGUUAGCAUACCACACAUCAAUUCUGUUGUGAUCAAUGUGGUGGGCAACCUUAUUUUAUUUACAUAAUGACAUGAUUCUUUAUCAUAAAAGAAUUCCUCGGUGGGAUCCCACCCUUACCACAGUUACAGACCAUACUGCUUAAUAGGAAGAAACUCCAUUUAUAAAAAAUGAAAGUCAUUGCUAUUAUUAAUGUAUAAGAAUGCAAAUGUUCAUUGGAGUGACAUUAGAUUAUUUUUUAUAAUUAAUUAUAAAAUUAAAAAAAAAAUUUUUGUAGAAAUGAGCCUUGUGUUAAGGCUUAGUGCAGCAAAUAGAAGUCUACAGAACUGACCAGGAACAUGAUUAGCUCUCUAAUGAGACUGAGUGUUUGAAUUUCAGGUUGAGAGACUUGAGGCAAGAUACGAGUUGAUUGACAGGUCAGAUAUCUGUGAGAUAAGAGACGAGAAGUGCAUUGUGAAGGGAAAAUGUUUCUACUUUCACGAGAAGUAUGUCAGCAGUCAGUUGGAGAUUAACAAGGAGGUGGCCAAGUUUUUCUCUGAAGGCAAUGAGAAAUGUUUCAAAGAACUCAGGUAUAUUUGGUAUUGUGUAUGUUUGCUCACAAAAUCUCAUCUCUAAAACUUAAUGUUUAACUCACAGAAAUAAUAUACAUAUUUAGGCUAAAUAAUAUUGCCUAAAGGAUUCGUAAACAUGCUUUUUUUCUUAAAAAUUGUAUGUUUCCAAUGUACAUAGGAGCUUCUUAUCUCAAGCUGUGCCCAUUAUAGAUGGGAAAUCUGAGGAAACCAUAGAAAGUCUUCUAGGACGACAACAGGUGCUGAUAGGAACACUCCCACCAGAGGAAGAAGUCUGGGAGGUUCCACUUCCUGUCAUCCCUGUCAUUCCAGAACCUGAGCCUGAGAUGAUGGUCUAUGGACAAGGUAAUACUUUGUUCGUCAUUACAGACUGUGCAGUUCCAAAUAUAGUAACUGAAGCCAAACAAACUGAAAAAAUGUUACAUUUUUUAUGAGGUUUACUUAGACUCCUGAAUUUGUGUCUUUGAAAGCUUUUGACACCCACAUUAAUACAAAAUGGAAUAAUAAUUCUUAAUUCAAUAUGAGUAUAAAAAAGAGGUGGAACGGCACUGCCUUCAUUAUUUAAAAAAAUAAUUUGAAAAUUUAUUUCAAAAGUUUCUUACGUUAAAAUUGGCCUGCUAUAAAACUGUUCAUUUAAUCACAAAACCCAUUUUUUUAUUGUCUGUGCUUUUAUUUAUUAUUAUAUUAAAGGUAAUAAGUAAUUAAAAAUGUUUUAUUUGUUUAAAUCUAUAAAAUAAAUCUUAAUCUUAAUUGAUUUUAUUAAUUUUGUUUUUUCUAGUUUGAACCUCUGAGCAUUUGAGAUACAUACAGUUAAAUGUUUAAUACCCUUGCACACAUGGACUGAAAGGCAACUAAUAUGUUUUCUUUGAAAAUAUCAGGUUUUGCCAGAUCUGGACAACAAGGGGAAAUAGCAGCAAGUGGUGACACAGAAAAUCAAGGAAUUAAAUCUUGGCCACCUAGAAGUGGAUUGGACAGAGAGCAAAAUAACCAGUCAAUGAAGUUUAAGAAGGGUAAGAAAGAACCAUUUUUGUUAAAUUUUUGUAAUUGCAGGGAAAAGCCAAGAGAGAAGACAAGAGGAUAAUAGAGAAAGAUGACUUGGAUAAAGAUAAAAGAAGUCCAGAAAGUGCUUCUGGAAAGUUUUAAGUCUGAAAAUAAUCUUAUUUUCCCCUGAUAUUUUGUUGUUAUUCUUCAUUAUUUCAGUUUUCUUGUUUUCUUUAUUUUGAGUCACCAAUAUCCUUACAACUUUUUUAUUUAUUAUCCAUAACCUCACCAAAAGUUCAUAGUAUGUUCAGUCACCAAUAAUAAACAUUUGAAUUACUCAGAAUUAAGAUAAACAUCUUAGAAAAUAUAAUAGGUUAAAAAGAAUUCACCCACCCCAUUAUUUCUUUGCAAAAAAAUAAUUUUUAUUUUGUGACCCUGUAGAUUCAUAACUAGUUGCCAAAAAGUACUGUUAUUAAGUUUUAUUUAAGUUAAAUAAUCAUAUGUUUUAAAUCUUAUGGCACUGACUUCUGAUUCAUCAAAGCUUUAGCGUUCUUAAAAACACUAACAAAAUUAAAUUGGCGGGUGUUUUCAUUAGUUACAAAGGCAACCAGUGAAAAUUUUUUUUAAAACCUGUUGUGUAUCUCCAUACCAAAGAAGGUUGAAGUAAAACCCAUUUCAUUAGAAGUCUUUAAAAAUUGUAAAUUUUUCACUUACACCUCCCCUUAAAAAAUAAUGAACAUGAGAUUAACCCACAAAAUUUUGAAUUUUAUGAAUGAUUUUAUUAAAGAAGUGGGUGUAAUUUAAACAUGUAUUUUUUUUUGUUAUUGGGUUAACAGAGAAUAAUGGUGUCAAACAAAUAAAGUUUGAGACUUAUUGGUUUAGUAAUAUUGUUGUUUUAAUCAUGUAGAAAACUUUCUUUCAUUCAGACAUGAGUAAAGCACCAUCAGGCAUCUGGCCCCCUCCUCAAGCUCCUGGACGUCCCAAUGUCUCUAAGCUUCCUUCCAACAUCAAAUUUGAAACACUUUCAGAAUCUCAAGAUGGAUCAAGUGUAGAUGGUACAGGGCACAGUGUCGAGAAAGGGUCCUCGUCUAGUGGGGGACACACUCGUGAGGGUAGGCCAACUGAUGGUCAGUCUUUCAGCAGACAAGUUUCAGCUGAUCAGAGUACUAAAAGGCCAGAGGGUCAAGGGUCACGCCAAGGAGAUGGGUCAACUCAGAAUCUUGAUGGAGCACCUCAGAAAUCACGGCAAGGCGAUGGAUCAAACAGAGGGCGCCAGGUUGAAGGCGCAGACCAACGAUCUCAUCAGGUUCAAGGAUCGACUGACAGACCAACUUCAGGAGAUUCCACUCAGCAGAAGGGUGAAGAUUCUCAACAUAAGACUGUGGCUGAUGGGGACAAUACGAUGACAGGUGAAAAACGUAGGUGUCCCUGCUUCCAGCUUCUUCUUUUCACUGACAAACUAAGACUAACACUGUUAUCAAUUUAAUAACUCAUGAUUAAAACUAUGGAAGGGUAUUUUUAUUUGAGAAGAUGAGAACAAAUCUCUAUCAAAAGUUAACAUUUAUUUACCUCAUGAGAGCUGUUAAUGUAAGAUUUACAUUGUUUUUCAAAUGGUUAGUCUCAGUUUGAGCUAAAUAUAAAAAAAUUUUGUUUGCUUUCUUUUGCAAUGAAUGUUAAUCUUAUUCCUUUAAGAACAGUUUGACAAUUUUAUUUCUUAACCUGCUUUUUUUUAAAAUUGUUUAAAUCUUAACUAUUUCUUUUUAAUGUUCCCAUCCCAUAAAUAACAAAAAUUAUUUUAAAAGUUUAAUAGCCUCAGAUAUAUAGAUAAUUUCUAACCCAGUAAAUGUCAUUCUUUUGAUAAACACACAUUUUCUCUCUCUGCACAUAUACUUACAUGUAUAUAUUUUAUAUAUAUAUAUAUAUAUAGAGAGAGAGAGAGAGAGAGAGAGAAAAAUAGCAUCAAUGUCCAAGACAAGAAAUACAAAUGUAAUUCCUCCAUAGUCAGAGAGUUGUGUUGUAAUUAAUCUUUUGUCUUGCCAGGGUUUGCAUUUUGUGAGAGGAAUGUCAAUCUAUUGUCAUGCUAACUUUACCGAUCCCUCUUACUCUUACUAAAAAUGGAGAAGAAAAAAAAAGUCUUAACAAAAAACUAAUUUUUAUUUUUAACCUUUUAAGUUUGUGACAAAAUUUUCCCCAUGAUUUAUAUUAGACAAAUGAAAAUGUUCAUAAUGCCUAUUUGCAUUCCCCUUCAAACGAAUAGAGUCAUGUAACCCCAUAAACCUGUCACACUGUUAGACCCUUAAAUGCUGUAUGGAAAUUCCCCAAUAUCUUAGAACCUCACUAUACCAUCUCAAAAUUUCUAAAAUCCUUAAAUUUACUUCAUGGACCUCACUUCCAGGAAAUCUAUAAAACGUUCAGAGAGGUUUAGAAACUAAAGGUGCUAUACACAACUCCCCUAAUGUUCUAAAUCUAAAAAAGGUGUAAGUAAAAGUUGUCCAGAAUUUUCUUACAUCAUACUUCCUUAAAAUUGAAGAAUCUCAGAAAUCUCUAGGAAGCAAAAUAACCAUUAAGAAAUUUCAAUAACUUUCUAGAACACUGUCAAUCGAUCUCAAAUUUUCUGGAAACUUUAAAUAUCAUUUAAAAAAUAUCAAAAUUAUAGAAACUUAAUUUUUUUAGAAUCUCUUGUAACCAUCUUGAAUUUAGUAGAUACUUUAAGAAUCUUCUGAAACCUUGUUGCCUGAAAUUUAAAUAAUUCAUCUUCUAAAUAUGUCAUAGUUAUUUUAGUUAAUAUUGCUUUUGGGGCACUAGCCUUAAAUGAGCCUUAAAUGAGCUUAAAAAUGAAAGGUAGGCCUAUGUAUAUCAAUUUAUAUCACAUUUCAUGAAGUAAAAGUUUUUAAUGAAAUGCAAAUUUAUACCUAUUUUAAAAAUAUUUUUUUAUCAUAUUAACUAUCUUCUAAAUAUAAAAUUGUUAGAAUUCAUUUUAUUUACCAGUAUUAUUCUUGUUUUUGACUUAUUUUGUUUUAACUUUGUAAGUAAUUUUAAAAUAUCAGGAUUUAUUUAUUAAAACACUUUUAAAAAAUGGUACAUUUUAAAAACCAAGGUUGAUCCAUUGGGGGUGGUGGGGUGGUGGUGGUGUAAUUAAAAUACAUUUUUUAUUCAGAUGAAUUUUUUGAGCCCUGAUAAACAGUUUAAUAUACAGGUGAAACAACUUCUUUGAUAAUGAAAUUUUUCAAAUAUUAAAUUAUUAAUCAACUUCUAUAUUGAAAGAUGUUAUUUUAGAUAAGUGCUUGUAAUGUGUUAAUUUCUUAUUAACUCGCUAGUGUGUUAAUUACUUGGACACGAUUUAUAGGAUUCAGUUCUAUUUUGAAACUAAAAUAAACUAAUUUGACAUGAACAAAGUAUUAAGUUUGAGAUAAAGGUUGGAGCAAUAGGUUUUAUCCACAAAAUUUACUUUUUAAAAAUUUUUUUUUUAUUUUUAUUUUAAUCACAGCUUAUUUUUAUUAUGGAUAUUUAAAGCAUUUUCUUUUAACAUAUCUGUUAUACUUCUUGAAUUGCAAAAUUAUUUUCAUCUAUUUAUAUGCAACCUUGUUAUUUUCUAAAUACAAAAUACAGCUUUGAUGUUUUGCUGCACAAAUGUAUAUUAUAAACUUGUAUUGUAUAGUUCUCUGUGUUAAAUUAGUAUGCAUCAUAUAUUAUCAGAUUUACAUUUUUUUUUAAAUUUUUUAUAAAUAUAAUUUUUGCUAUCAGAUUCCCAGUUCAAAAAUGUUACUUCCAUUACAACAAUUUGUUGAGGAAUUUUUUAAAAAUGAAAUCGUUCAAUUUAGAUGAAUUAGACUUUAAAGAUUUAUUUUGCAAGAGUAGCAUAAGAACAUAUUUUAUAAAAACGUAAACCUCUUAAUCAAAGAUGAGCUACACAUCUGUAAAUCUGUCAGCGGUUAGAAGACGUCAGUUAUACCAGGUGUUGUUAGUCGAUUCACUUAAAAAAUAUUUUACUCUUAAAACAAUUCUUAACAGUAUUAAUCCCUUGUUUGUGGUACAGAACAAUAAAUUAUCUUUAGGAACAUGGUGCAAGCAAGCACAUGGAGCUGUUGUUGGUUUUCUUUAAAAUAAAUAAAUAAAUAAUAAUAUAAAAUAAUUAUUUUUGUCUUUUUAAAUAAAAGGAAAAAGGAAGUUGACUGAAGGCUCUAGUCAAGAUGAUAACAUGGUGUUCAAAAGAAGAAACUCUGCAGAGGAUCCUAAUCCUAAUCUAGAACUGGUAAACUAAUUGAUUAAUUUUAUUUUAUUUCUGUGAAAUUCAUUUUCAGCCACAGUGAAUUUCAGUCCACAGUUCAUUAGUUUAGUUUUCAUCAGAUUUUGUGGUCAUUCAGCUAAAAUUCAUUUAGACGUUAUUGAAACUUCCUCAGAUAAUUUCAGGCCUUUAUUAGUGUAGUUUUCACCAGAUUUUCUGAUCAUUCAGCUAAAAUUCAUGAAGAAUUUAUUGAAACUUUGGAUCUGGAUCUUGUGGAGAUUUCACCUUUUUGAAUUUCCCUUUUCUGUAGGGGGUUAGUGACACCACUUUAGUUCCUAGAGCUGAGGAACAACGUUCAGUUGUCGGAUGGGGUGAGCCCUUGCCUAAAUCUACUUCAAGCAGCCGGGAGGUGACCCCAUCCUCUUCCAGCUCAAACCAGGACAUAAGAAAGGUUGGAAAAAACAAAGGAAUGCUUCAUUUCAGUAAGUAUCUGGUUACUGGAUAGUUGUAGGUCAGCAGUUUUCAAUCUUUUUUUUUUUUUUUUACAAUUUUUUAUAAUAAUUUUGGAACAGAUUAAAACUAUGUAUAGGUAAUGGAUCAAUUCUACUACACAACUUACAAGUAUUUAACCAAAAAAUUCUGGCUGCUUUGGUGAGUUCAAGGCAAAGUAUUUUUAAUAUUAAAUAAUAUCGAUUAUAUUGUGGUCCCAACUUCUUGAUCUUUUUUUUUUUCUUUUAACACUAAUUUUUGUUUUCUAUACAUCAAAACAUUUCAACACACAUGUGAAUCUUCGCCUACCCUCUGUCUGUUUUAGAAGCUAUAAGAAGACAUGUUAAAAAUGUUGAUUGGGUGGGUGACUGCUUGCCAUUUUCAAUUCAAUCUGUCUGAUGGGUGACUAAAGAUCUGGAUUUUUUUUCACAACAAAUACUUUGCACUCUAAAGUUAACAUUUAAGUUCUGAAUGAAAAAGUUAAUAUUUUUUCCAUUAGGCUCACAGCUAGAGCCCUCAACGGUCAAAUGUUUUUUCUGUAUGUAUUUCAACAAGUAUUUAAUCUGAAUUCCCACAUACUUGUAACUUAUGCCUGACUUGGAUUUUUUAGUGUCUAUAUCUUUAACAUUGUUAAAGAUAAGCCCUCCAAUCAACUUGAGAGGCCUGAUGAACGUUUUGGCAUACUCUAACCAAAGUCAACAAAAGCCAUAGUCAAAUUGUCACUUCAUGAAUUAAAAAAAGGCUUUAAGAAUGAAGGGAAAAAGCUCUAUUGUCUUCUAGGACAACAAAAUCUUUGUCAAAUUUAUUUAUUUGCAAAUCUCCAUGCACUUUGUCCUUGAAUUAUAUCUAGUUAAAUUUUUAUAGCAUUGUUAUAUAACAAGGAUAUAAGGUGAAGACUGUGAUCGGGUUUAGUAGUAGGUAAUAAGUAACACAUGCUACGGACAACACUUUUUUAAAAUUUACAAGUAAAUGUUUAUAUUUCAGGCAUACCUCUGUGGAAUGAAAGCAAUGAAGACAUUGUGUACACAGAAUUAGCCAGGGGCGACACUCUGACCUUACCCCCAAAACAGCUGGAGCCCGAGGCACAUGAUCGGGACAUAGGAUUGUGGGGAGAGAUGCUUGUGCUUGACUACCUCAUACGUCAGAAGGACACCAACAGUAACAUUGAGGCUGUGCUCUGGGCUAAUGCUGAUGGGGAGAAGGGCUUGCCAUUUGACUUUGAAAUAGUUUACAAGACAGAUGAUCCGGAAAAGCUCCACAGUGUUUUUGUUGAGGUAGGCUUUGUUCUGAAUAUUGUAUAGUUUUGAAAAAAAGAGCUUAGUAAUUAAAACUUUUUAGAUACGCAUUCCAUGACCAGCCGCACAGACUGAAUUAGUGAGACUCGGUAAAACCUUGAAUAUCCAGUGGAGGCGUAGCUUGACUGGUAUAAGGAGAUCCGGCAAAUAGAAUAUAGGCCUGCAAAGGGAGGAACCAUCUUCAUGACCGCAUUCUGUGUAAAAAAAAAAAAAUAAGCACAUUGCAAAAAAGCAUGACAAGAUACUCUGAUGUUUUAGGAUUAUAGCUUUUUAAUAAAACUACAGUUAUUAUUUAUAUAAAAACUGCUUUUAUUUUAUAUCACAUGGUAUGUCAGCAAUUUGAAAAUAUUGGAAUUACAAAGUUUACAAUAAUUAUUCUGGAAAAUCCAUUUUAUACUGUAGGCCUACUGUGCUUUUGUGUACUUUCUUUUUGUUUUUCUUUUUCCGUUUUAAGGACUUUUUUUUAAACGUUUACCUUUGGCUAAAAAUUCUAUAAAAAUUAUUGUCAUUUUGAAAUUGCUUUAUUAUUUUUGUAUUUUUAGGUGAAGGCCACGUUGAGCUGGGAUAAAGAGGUCUUUCAUGUAUCCUCUAAACAAAUGGAAUUCGCUUUAAUGCAGAAGGAGCAGUAUGAAAUCUAUCGUGUUUAUGGCGCUGGAAACAGUAACCCUAAAUUGGUGCGGAUAGAAAACAUAGCAGAGAGGAUGCGAGUUAAGCAAAUACAUCUGUUUAUGGUUAUAUAAAGUUCGUAAUGAGGUUUACAACUAAAUCAUAAACGAUUGAAUCAUGCCUUUUUAUUUAAAGCAGCUUUUUACAUGAGCCUUAACGUUUUUUCUUUUUGUUUCUUUUUAGUGUCAUCUAUCUUGAGCUCAACAAUUCAAAACUAAUAUGUUUAACAUUAUCCAAACUGAAUUAUGUGCUCAUAGUUUAUUUGUAUUUUAAUUUAAUUUUUUUAUAAUCAUGCUCAUGAAUUUUUCAACUGUAUGUUAACAUUUUAAAUUUUUUUUUUUAGUUUUACCUGCACUGUAGAUACCUGACUUUUUCUUCAUUGAACCAUGUUAUUUUAACCUUCUUGCAGCUUUUUUUUAAAACCUGGAAAUUCCUAGUUAGGAAUUUAUUGAUAACUUUAUACAAGAUGGUUAUUUUAUAACAUUGUGUUUGAAGCCCUUGCCAUGAUAUAAUUAGAAAUAUUUGCAAUUCAACUGAUGCAGUAUUGUCAAUAUAUUCUGGGUCCAGUGGUCAUAUUCUGACAAGUCUGUCACUUUUAAAAAUGUACAUUUUCCGGUGAAAUUGAAAAGUAAAAAGAAAAUUUUCAGAGUCCAUGACAUAAGGUUGUGUUGCAUUAAAUGCAAGGAGUGGCUGAAGUUGAAUAUUAUAUUCAUUGUUCCUUGUCAAUGUGUGACAGUUACUCCGAAUGCAUUUUAUUUAUAUGAGUGACUCUGUUGUAUUAUUUGUGUAGACCAAAUCCAUCUAAAUUGUCACUCUGAAGCAAGCAAAGCCACAGAGAGUGUAUGUUUAUUUCAGCCAGAGCUACAGAGAGUGUAUGUUUAUUUCAGCCAGAGCUACAGAGAGUGUAUGUUCAUUUCAGCCAGAGCUGCAGAGAGUGUAUGUUUAUUUCAGCCAGAGCUGCAGAGAGUGUAUGUUUAUUUCAGCCAGAGCUGCAGAGAGUGUAUGUUCAUUUCAGCCAGAGCUGCAGAGAGUGUAUGUUUAUUUCAGCCAGAGCUACAGAGAGUGUAUGUUUAUUUCAGCCGCUGGUCGUGUAGGAUAAAUUUUGUUCUUUUAAACUGCAUUAUCUAUUGAACAAUUUAUAUAAUUUUGUUAUGAUUCAUUAUUUUAUAAAUAAUUUAUUGUGUUGAUGAAAAAUGAAGGUUUUUUAGAACUCAUUUGAUCUCAAUAAGUCACAUGCUACAAAAUUUCUAAUAUCUACCUUUUUUUUUAACCCUUGAACUGGGUCGGCCGAAGAAAUCGGCAAACAUUCUCGUUCUGUACUGUGGCGGGCAAAAAAAUCGGCAGAUUGAAAACAGGGUUCGAUAGCAACUUCCAAUCCAAUAUUUAACCGGAUUUAUAGCCACUUCCUUUUAUUAAUGAUUAAAUCAUCUUUCGGGUCAAGCUGUUUCUUGAUAACUUUACAAUAAGUACUUUUUAAUCAGAGUUUUAUAUCGCUGUUUUCUUUAAAGCUAAAAUGGUUGACGCUAUGUCUGGGCCUUCAGUGCAAGAACUAAUAGAAAUAUGUUUGAAAGCUUUUAAGGAGAGGAUUUAAGUGAUGCUGAUGAUGAUGUUAACAUUCCCCAUGACGGUCUCAGUUGAGAUUCUUCUCGUUAAUCUUAUUAACCAGUCUUAGUGAUACUGAAGUAAGCCUACUGUUAGACUUUGAGCCAGGCCCAGAGGUUGGGCAAGGACUGACUGAAUUUUAGUCACAGAAGCUACAGAUUAUAGAUCAGAACUAAUAAAUUUUAUAGUUAAACAACCCAAAUCAGUUCCACAUUUCCAUUUUAAAUGUUUACUAGUCAAUAAUAACUAUUUUGCCUAUUUUGUGUAUGUUGUACUUGGUUUUAACUUUUGUCCCUGUUUCUUAUUUUUUCAGUAAUACAUGACCUAAAAUUGCUUUCAGAGGUUUAAUUGUAAUCAAAACCUUAGCAAACUAUACAUUUUCUGAAAGAUAAAUGAAUUGGCUACAACAUUUAGAUAAAGUAUUUUAAGAGUAUCUAUAAAAAUUAAUGAUGUUAUGGGCACUUGAAAGCAAGACACUUUGUUGAUUUGUUUUUUCUUGAGCACUCCAAGAUCAAGGACACUGAGCAAAAUUUUUUUUUGCGAGGUGGGCAGUAUAGCCAACUUUAUCCCCAUCCAUUUACCUUUUCUAAAAAUAUAUACUUAUUGGGGUCUUGUAUCAAUAUUUUAUAUGUCAUUUAAUGCAAUUUCAAAAGGCACUCGAAAAGCUCUGAAAAGCUCCCACACUACAGAAUGAUGAAUGCCACAGUUCUAGGGUUAAAUAAUGAUAUCAAAAUAUCAGUGUCAGCCAAACAUUUUCUUGAAGAGAAUUGUAACGUUUUAUACAAGAUUUUUGUUUAUGUACAUCAUAAUUGUUAUUUUCUGGUCAUCAGAAUCCACACUCAUUUGUUGGAUUUAAGCCUGGGGUGUGGGGGGGGGCUUAAAGCUAUUUUGUAAGUUUUAUAACAUUUUAAAUUUAAAAAAACAUUUGCAGUAUAAUAAAAAUC